UCACUUUAAAACUACACCAUGCAGACGGCACUUAGUACUGUAAAUCGUACUAUAGCUCAAUUGACAAGUGAUGCUUCAUUUAACCGAAUUUUUAAAGGAAUUCAAGCUGUUUCACUAACAGACAAGUGUUUAACGUGUCGAUUCAAAGUGAACAAAUCUGAAGCUAAUUCACUAAACACUUUACAUGGUGGCUUUAUCCUUGGAGCUGUUGAUUUUAUAUCUACAGUUGAUUUAAUGAGAUUGGGGCAUAUGAAACAUGUGAGUGUAAAUCUUGAAACAUCAUUUAUUAGUCCUGGAAAACUAGACUCGUGGAUAGUAUCGCAUUCUUUUGUGCUAAAGAAAGGUAAACGUUUAGCCUUCUGUGAAGUCAAGUUCAUGGACGAAGAGUCAGGAGAACUUAUUGCACGUGGAAGUCAUACAAAAUAUCUCAUAGAGGAGAAGUAGCCUAUGUUUGGGUGGCUAAUAUCUGUGAUUAUAGAACUACUAGAUAAUAUUUGUUGUGAUUAUUACUGUUAUUGGUUGAAAUAUAUGUUUGCAUGUU